UUUUCAUCUGAGCUGCCCGAUCUGCAGAGAGCAUGAGUGCCAAAGACUCUUCCAUCCCGGUGGAGAAGUACAAGCUGGUGGUGGUGGGAGGAGGAGGAGUGGGCAAGAGCGCCCUGACCAUCCAGUUCAUCCAGUCCUACUUUGUUUCCGAUUAUGAUCCGACCAUUGAGGAUUCCUACACCAAGAUAUGCAAUAUCGAUGGAAAGCAGACACGAUUGGACAUUCUGGACACAGCCGGACAAGAGGAGUUUGGAGCAAUGAGAGAGCAAUACAUGAGGACGGGAGAAGGAUUCCUCCUUAUAUUUGCAAUCAAUGACAGAGGAAGCUUCAAUGAGAUGAGCAAGUUUCAUACACAGAUCCUCCGCGUUAAAGACAGAGAUGAGUUUCCAAUGAUACUGGUUGGCAAUAAAGCAGAUUUGGAUCUUCAGAGACAGGUCACCAAAGAGGAAGCCCUGAACUUUGCACGGGAAAACCGAAUCCCUUAUAUGGAAGCCUCAGCUAAGAUCCGAUUAAAUGUAGAUGAAUCUUUCCAUGAGCUGGUCAGGGCAAUCAGAAAAUUUCAUGAAUUUGAGAGCCCACCAACCCCAACUGUUAACCCUAAGAAGAAAAAAUCCAAGAGCUGUCCAUGUGUGAUCCUGUAACCCACUGUCCCGUACCCCCUCCCCCAAGAUGGCCUGAACCGAGACACAGCAAGAGAAUGGGAAGGUUUACACCACUCGUGGAUAGCAUGCAGUGUUUAUGCCAUCAGCCUGCCCAUGAUUGGUCCCUGAUCCAGGCCGAUCCUGCUGACACCUGAAGACAUCACAUGAUGCUGGGGAGCAUCUCUGAAGGCAGCAGGGACAGAUGCUUCAUUCUACUACAAACAAAUGCAGUUUGCACACACUCCCUUCAUCUGUGCCGAUGCUUCAUUAUGUUUUUUAAUGCUGGGAAUCUGCAUGUAAAUAUAUAUUCUGUAUAUAUAUUUUAUAUAUAUAUUUUACGUUCUUUUAUUUUACUAUUCCACCAGCUUUAUGUACGCACUGAACUUGCGUACAGGAGAGACUAUUGGAAAUUCUCCUACAUUAUAGUUAUCGGAACUAUAUUAUAAAGACACACUUUUUUUUUUUAAUUAGCAUAUGCGUCCCUUUUAAGGGUCAGUCCA